UCCGGGGAUUCCAUAACCUAGACGGAAGUGGUCUCAAGCGAUUGCAUAGCUUUGAUGUUACGAGCUAAAUGUGGAUUUUGACUACUUUAACAAAGUUGGCUUCACCAAAAACCCUUUCCACACCUACAGGCGGUGAAGAAACUAGUUUAGUUAGCGAGUGAACGCUGAAAUUCCAGACACAUUCGACGCAAUUUUAAACUGGAGGAAGUUCUUUGACUCAGUGCAGCGAAGCUCGGUGAGGAGAGAGACACACACACACACCUGCAGACAGUGAGUCUAGUUCUUCGUUUACUUUUUUUCACCGUGGGAAACCAAACCACCGUGGGACCUGCAACACUCCGCCAUGAAGCUGCGCCCCCUGAUGCUCUGAUGACAUGCGGGAGCAAGCAGUUCCAGUGCGGAAAUGGGAAGUGCAUCACGCUGCGAUGGGUCUGUGACGGGGCGGACGACUGCGGCGACGGCACUGACGAACUUCCCGCCACAUGCUUGGCCAAAACCUGCCGCCCAUCGGAGUUCAGCUGCUCCGACCGUCUGAACCAGUGCGUGCCCAACUCGUGGCGCUGCGACGGAAAAGCCGACUGCGAGAACGGAGCAGACGAGGAAGGAUGCACACCAAAGCAGUGUACGGGCCGGGAGUUCCAGUGCAAGAACGGUCAGUGCGUGUCAGCAUCGUUCGUGUGCGACGACGACGCCGACUGCGACGACGGCAGCGAUGAGGUCUCCUGUCCGGCCGUCACCUGCAGUUCCGCGUCCUUCCAGUGCAACAACACGGUUUGUGUUCCGCGGCUGUGGGCCUGCGACGGAGACUCGGACUGCGCCGACGGUUCCGACGAGUGGCCCCAGAACUGCGGGCCGCGGAGGUCGACGCCCCUGGCCACACACCGCUGCUCCUCCCUGGAGUUCCACUGUGGAAGCGGGGAGUGCAUCCACAGCAGCUGGAAGUGUGACGGCGGUGCGGAUUGCCUUGACAGAUCAGAUGAAGCCAACUGUGCUCGAGCCACCUGCGGCCCGGAUCAGUUUCAGUGUGGGGACGGGUCGUGCAUCCAUGGAAGUCUGCAGUGCAACCAUCAGUACGACUGCAGGGACAUGAGUGAUGAGUCCGGCUGCGUGAACGCGAGCCACUGCGACGGGCCGACCAGGUUCAAGUGCCGUAGUGGUGAGUGCAUCAGCGUAGAGCAACUGUGCGACCGACGCAGAGACUGCAGGGACUGGUCGGACGAGCCGCUGAGGGAGUGUGGCUUCAACGAGUGUCUGUUCAGCAACGGUGGCUGCUCUCACAUCUGCAACGACCUCAAGAUCGGCUACCGCUGCCUGUGUCCAGCAGGGUUUCGCCUGGUGAACGAAAAACAGUGUGAAGAUAUUGACGAGUGUGAAAACCCCGACACCUGCAGUCAGAUCUGCGUCAACCAGGUCGGCAGCUACAAAUGCCAGUGUGAGGAGGGGUAUCAAGUGGAUCCCGCCACCAAAGCUUGCAAAGCCAUCGGUACCAUCGCAUACCUGUUCUUCACCAACCGCCACGAGGUCCGAAAAAUGACUCUGGACAAGAGCGAGUACACCAGAGUCAUCCCUCGGCUGAAGAACGUGGUCGCUCUGGACAUAAACAUGGCCGCUAAAGAGAUCUACUGGUCGGACAUGUCGCAGAAGAAGAUUUACAAAGCUCAGAUGGACUCGGCCGAGGACCCGACUCAUCACACCCUAGUGGUCAGUGAAGGCAUCGAAGCCCCUGAAGGCAUUGCCUACGACUGGAUCCACGGCAACCUCUACUGGACCGACAGCAUCCGCAGCACCGUCUCGGUGAUCUCAGCCGACGGAAGCCGCCGGAAAACUCUCUUCCAGCAGGAUCUCAAUAAACCCAGAGCCAUUGUGGUCGACCCACACAACAACUUCCUGUACUGGACGGACUGGGGCACCCCAGCCAAGAUCGAGAAGGGGGGUCUCAAUGGAGUGGAUCGCAUGGCUCUGGUCACGGACAACAUCGAGUGGCCCAACGGCAUCACGCUCGACCUGCUAAACCAGCGGCUCUACUGGGUGGACUCCAAACUUCACACCCUCUCCAGUAUCGACGUGCAGGGCGGAGGUCGCCGCACCCUUAUCGUCGACGAAGACAGGCUGGGUCACCCGCUGGGCCUGACCGUGUUUGAGGAAAGAGUGUUCUGGACCGACGUCACCAACAAUGCCAUCCUGAGCGCCAACAGGUUAACUGGUGGUGACAUCACACCGCUGGCUGAGCACCUGUCGUCCCCCGAAGACAUCAUUCUGUACCACAAUCUCAAGCAGCCGACUGGCUGGGACUGGUGCCGGAUCGCUAACAGAGGCUGUGAGUUCAUGUGCCUGGCUGCUCCGCAGGUGGGCCGCCACCCGCCCAAAUACACCUGCGUGUGCCCCGAUGGCAUGCGGCUGGGCCCGGACAACAGGAGGUGUGUCCCAGUUGGGGCAGAACCUGAAGUCCAGCAGCCUGAAGUGCGGACCGAGGACCGGACCCCUCCGCCAGUGGUGCCGGCCAGGAUGACACCAGGAGUCACCACCAGGAAAUGGACGACGGUCCCCAGCACCACCACCAAGCCUCUGGUUAGGACCAGCAAACCAGUGGUGAAGACCUUCCCGGCUCGGACCCAGACACCUACCGCCCCUCAGACCACAGCUCGGCCUCCAGCUGUCGCCACAGAAAUGGCACGUGGGAAUCCCGAGGUCAUUACCCAGACGGCCGCGACCACCCCCAUCGCCCUGUACAUCGUGCUGCCUCUGGCCAUUGUUUGCAUCGUCGGCGCGGUCGCUGUGUUGAUAUGGAGGAACUACAGGCUGAAGAACACCAACACCAUUCACUUUGACAACCCUGUCUACCAGAAGACCACCGAAGAUCAAGUCCACAUCUGGAGGAGCGGCAGCACGGACGGCUACUUGUACCCCAAAAGACAAGCCGUCAGUCUGAACGAAGAGGCAGACAAUCCAGCUUUCACGGAGAACUGAGGCGACGGGACGGACCAGUCGCCAAGAGCUGCUUUUUGUUUUUUGUUUUUUUACCUCACAAGACUGAGAGAACUUUUGUCGCGGUCUUCACCACUACUACUUCAUCACGAGCUGCACAGCUGAGGGGACCAAACAGAGGUGGACAGUCAACCCUACGCUGCUGGGUCGCAGCGGUCAAUGACAUAUAGAGUCUCACGAGCCGUUCAACUGAAACUUAGAAAAUAGUCGAAGGUACAUUGUGACAUUUUGCACUAUUUUUUCACUUCAAUAUCCACUCGAGAGUAACUCACACUGACCUAAACAAGACACAGUAUAUAUCCGUCCUCCGUCGACUCGGACUCUGUGGAACCAUAGAGAUUCUCUGCGUUUCCUCUGAGCUGAUCACACAACUGAAUGUGCCUUUUCAGCGACAGCUGUUGGAAUCUGUCGUCCUCACUGAAGUUCUGAUUUAUACUUGAUGAUUGGCAACUGGGUUCAUUAAGAGACAAAAUAAGUAAAGAGUAUUACUGACUUAUAUUGAUAAAUAACAGUGUAUUCAUGAAAGAUAAACUUGUUUUUGAUAUUUACUCAUCAGUUAUGAGCACUAGAAAUGAAACCACUGUCGUUUAGAUGCCAAUAAUCUGGUGCUUAUACUGAUCAAUAAAUAUGACUAACACUUCCGGAGGCAGAGUCUAGUGACACGGGCGAUGUCUGUCCGUGGUGUUGUGACUGCAGAUUUUACCGUGGAGAUCACGUCCAAACCAGCUGCAUAUCUGAAGGUGUCUGUGCCAGUUUCACCUCCAACCCUUCUUGACAGACCUACUUCUGCUUUACUGGCAGAGAAAUGCAAAUGAACAGGAGCCGUCAAAAGGGGGCCCUGGGUCCUGCCUCGUUCUGUAGAACGAGUCCUUUUCUCCUUCUCUCGCCCCCCAAAAAGAGGAGCUGUACAUUCCUGAGAGACAGAUUAGCUUUGAUGAAAUCACGUGUGGCCAGCAGAGCUGCGCUCGGCGCCAUGACACGUGAACAUUUACGUUCUCCCCGAGGAUUAAAGCUCAGCCUUCCACCAGAUGUGCCGUGUCUCUGUACGUGCCUUCCGUUCCCUUCAUGGUGCUACUCCACGAGGUCGCUGCUUGUUUACAACACGUGGCGACGGACAGUAGGCAGAGAGUUGUACAUAAAGAAAAUGAUUUUUACAUUCGCUGAAAUGUUCUCUGUAAAUAGGUUGUUCAUAAAUGUAUAUAUUUGUGCUCACCAUGUUUUGGUAUCGGUAUCUUUUUGCAGAUGCGUGCUGUACAUAAAUAAAU